AUGGUGACCUCACAACUUUCCGAACAGGAAAUACCUAACUGAUGCAGGAGAAGUCGGAGUUCAUGUAACAUACGAAUGUUCGACAAACCCUUUCUAACCUCCAGCAACAGUGAGAUCGCACGUCGAAGUCUGAGAAUCUCCAUAUAGUCUAGGAGCCGAUCUGGCUUCAGAAACAACUUGUUUCGACCCCCCCCCCCAGUGGACGUCAUUUUCUUUGUAAAUUAGCUUUGUUCUAUAAGUAUACAAUCCGAAAAUCGAUGUUUGCGGUCGCGAACUAUUGCGACGAUUGCAAACGAAAAUGUUUUGGUCAACAGGGUCGGGACACCGAGCUCACGCGCACACUCUGCGCAUAUCACACAAAGAGCAGGCAAAUCAGCAUCUCUACGGCUUCGCAACGGUAUCGCAUUGUGUGAAUUGUUUGCUUGACACUUGCUUUGUUUUAAUUUUUACCAGAGGCAAGAAUAUCUAAAACCGGAUGUGAGGAGACGACUUACUUUGACCUUUCUCUUCGGCGUGUACGUACACGUACCAACCGGUUUCUUGACCGAUGACUUACUGAAAGCUCACGUUGGUUCACGUCUUAGAAGUUCAUGUAAUACGUUCAUCGCUGUUGAGUCAUAGUGUCAGUUCGAGAUCGAUCAGUGUAUAAAAUUACUAGAACUGCAGACUUUGUUCAUUCGUUUUCUGCGUAGAGUGAAAUUUGUUUACUUUGUAUUCGAUCUAGUUUGUAUCUAUUGUUGUCUUUGAAAUACACUACUAUUGAACACAACAGGUACCGUCUUUGAAUCGAUUCGUGUACUGAGCACCGUCUACGUUUUUAUCUAUUACCGCCAUAAUUUUGUGGUAAUGAAAGUCGAUUUGAGUGGUCAAGCAAAAGAAAAGGACGGUGGUCAUCUGCAGAGAAAUUAUAUGCAGUUUCGGCAAGUUUGAAUCCUCCAGCCGCAAAAGUACCACAUUUCAGUUUGAGCAAAUGCAUUUGUCAGUCCAGCGGGAAAGUUCUGAGUGGUUUAGACACAAACUUGGUAGCAAUUUCUCAGCAAAGUUGGAUUCGCUUGCACGAGGUAUCCACCAUCCGAGAAGACGAAUUGCAUGCGUUCUUCUCAAAUUGUGCUCUGACACAAACUGAUCCACCUAGAGGUCUCUACCAUCGAAAGUUUUACCAAGAAUACACAAAUAAGUCAACAUUGAGCGGUUAAUUUCAUUCGAAAGCAGCAACCUAUUGCUACUGUGGUGCAAGAUGCAACGGCUAGCCAAACAACGCUGCUUUCUCAGGAAUGAUCAAGAAGAAGCGCAAUUCCACCAACAAAUUUUGCUUCGUGCGUUAUUUGUCAACGGAAUACCAGCAAACAGAAGCGGUCGCAAUCAACGCAUCAUUGCUAUGGCUCACUGGCACAAAAUUACGACGCCGUUGCAUUAGUCUCACGUACAUCGCUGUCAAUUUAGGCGAAGACAUGUCUGCUGCGCUCCCUGGCAUACGCGCUUUUUCUGCAUGCGACACGACGAGUGCCUUUGCUGAAAAUGGCAAAAACAAAGAUUAGCUUCUCAAAACGACUGUUUACGCCCUGCAAUAACCACACUACGAUGCAGCUUGGCUCCGACUGAAUAGUUGUUUAUUGAAUGUGAGAAGUUUGUAUCCCAUCUUCACGGUUUGCCAACUUGUAUACCAGUGUCAACGAGGUUCGGUACGAGUUAUUUCGCAUGAAGUGCUCGAAAGCGCAGCAGAUGCCAACGACUCAAGAUGCUUUUCGGCAGUACGAUGGGUUAACAAUCAAAGUUUUGUAUGGAAAAAUGCUUUCUGUUCUAUGCAGAAUCUGCCUAGUCACGAAUGGAUUGUUGAAACUGAUGAAAACGGUUCUCGCAUACGUGUCCGCUGGAUGACACAGAUUUCUGCCCCGAAAGCACUGUUGAAGCUUGUAAGCUCCAAGUGCAAUGUCGGCUGUACCACACAGCGAUGUUCACAGCAAACAUCCACAGCUCGCCAUUCAUUGCUGUAACGGUCGAUGAGGCCACCGACAAGGCAAAUAAGGAGCAGCUGACCAUUGUUGUGAGAUGGAUCAAUGAGGAUUUUGUAGUGUCUAAAGAGUUCCUGGAAUUGUACUGUCUGUCUGCGAUUGAUGCACAGAGCAUUGUCGAGGCCAUGAAGGAUGCUUUUCUGCGGUUCCAGAUUCCUCUGGCGAAGCUCCGUGGUCAAUGCUAUGAUGUAUGCAGCACCAUGGCUGGAGUGAAGGCUGGUGUAGCUGCAAAAAUUGAGCAAGUGAAGCCUAGAGCUGUAUUCAAACACUGUCAUGGGCAUGCGCUGAACCUUGCUGUUAGUGAUACAGUCAAGCAGUGUCUCGCUAUGAAGGACUGUCUAGACACUUGUCUUGAACUUGUGAAGCUGAUCAAGUUCUCCCCAAACAGAGAGGCCGUGCUCCGUGAGGUGAAAGAAGAGAUUGGUAGUGAUGCUCCUGCCGUUCAAACCCUCUGCCCAACAAGGUGGACUGUUCGUGCAGAAUCUCUUGCCAGCAUACUUGCAAACUAUGACAAGAUCCAGGUACUUUGGGUAACAUCAUUGCAUAAAACAUCAGACACCGAGAUAAAAGCUAGGAUUCAGGGAGUAGCUAGUCAGAUGCAGUUGUUUAGGUUCUUUUUCUGUCUCAUUCUAUCUGAAAUGAUCUUACGGCACACCGACAGGCUUAUUCAAACGUUGCAACAACCCAAGCUUUCUAGUGUCGAAGGCCAUGAACUAGCAAUGCUGACAGUGAAAACCCUUGAAAGUUUGCGAAAUGAUGAAAACUUUGACAUGUUUUGGCUGACUGUUGAGAAGAAAAGGAUCCUGCAGAACACUGAUGAACCUCGCCUUGCAAGGAGAAGAAAAUUACCUAGGCGAUUGGAACUUGGUAUCGCUGUGGCUGAAUUUGCAUUGUCUCCAAAAGAGGAAUACCGGCGAGUGUACUUCGAAGCUCUUGACCUCGCAAUGGCAAGCAUUAGAAGCAGAUUCAACCAACAAGGCUUUAGAAUCUUUUCAAGCUUGGAACAGCUUCUUGUUAAGGCAUGUGGGAAGCAAUGUUUCGAUGAGGAGCUGGAUCUUGCGUGCAAUUUCUUCUAUGAAGACUUUAACAAAGAGGAAUUGGUGGCAGAACUAGGUACUCUCGGUGAACUCUUCUCUUCAGCUGAAGAGGAGGAGGUGCCAUCUGUUGAAAGCAUAAAGAAUGUACUGUUGACGCUGUCCAUAAUCCAGCGUAAGUUGUUGACGACAGUGUGCAGAGUGUUUCAGCUACUGCUAAUCUUGCCAACUACAAAUGCAACCUCAGAGCGAUCAUUCAGUGCCCUCCGCCGUAUAAACUCUUGGCUGAGGAGCAGGAUGUCUCAAGCAAGGUUGAAUCACCUUAUGAUCCUGCACUACCAUCAGGAUUUGACUGAUAGUCUAGACUUAAAGUGUAUCGCCAACGAAUAUGUUGCAAAAAACGAAGCCAGAAAGAGCACAAUUGCAACUUUUAAUCUAUAACUAUAUGUUAUGUUAUAAUUAUACAUGUCUAAUUUCCGAGUGCCAAUGCACAGUGAGGACAGGCUUGUAACUUCUGUCUGUGUCUGCGUCUGCGCACAUGCAAAAAUCCAACCGGACCACUU